AUGAUGUGGUCUUGGCAAUUGGGUCAAUCACAAUCCGUCAAAGGCACCAUACGACAUCACACUGAAGCGAAUCUGGUAAAGCAGAAAAGCGUAGUUGGCGAGCACGUUGCGGCUGUACUUGACCUGCAUUCGCAACACGCUCGAGGCCGCAAUGUGCCUCCAGUCGAAAGGCAUAACAAGCCCGAGGUUGAACUCAAGACCAGCCCCGAACUCCUCCUCAAUCCCGUAAUUUCCAUCUCGUUGAUAGAAGCUUUGGUUUUGAUAUGCCGAAAUGAGGCUGAAAAGUGCUUAAUAGAAACAUCUAUCAAUUCAUUGCGGAUAAGUCUCAAGGUGAAGCAGGCUGAUGAACUUGAAAACAUACUGACCAAGAAAUUUCUAAGAUUUCUGUCAAUGAGAGCUGAGGCUUUCCAAGUACUGAGGAGAAAGCCUGUUCAGGUUUUAAAUUUUAAUCCCCGCGUGACUGAGAAUCACAGCUUUGUUGAUGAAGUUUACUUUGUUCCUGCUGUUGAUAUUUUUUCCGUUCACUAG